AUUUCCGAACGAAUUUGAAAACGUCAUUCUAUCCAAACAGAAUCGAUAUUUUUUCAUUCAUGAUUGAAUUACGAUAGAAUUAAUAUAAUUUAAUGAAAAUAUUGUAAUUAGUUAAGUUUAUUGUUAAGUAGCACAAUGAUUAAGGCAAUAUUAGUGUUCAACAAUCAUGGGAAGCCGAGGCUGUCGAAAUUCUACCAAUAUUUCAAUGAAGAUAUGCAGCAACAGAUAAUAAAGGAGACGUUCCAGCUGGUUUCCAAACGGGACGACAAUGUGUGCAAUUUCCUUGAAGGGGGAAGCUUAAUAGGUGGCUCGGACUACAAGUUGAUAUACAGGCACUACGCCACCCUGUACUUUGUGUUCUGUGUCGACUCCUCGGAGAGCGAGCUGGGCAUUCUAGACCUCAUCCAGGUAUUCGUCGAGACACUAGACAAAUGUUUCGAAAACGUGUGCGAGUUGGACCUGAUCUUCCACGCGGAUGCUGCUCAUCAGGUGCUGGAUGAACUGGUGAUGGGAGGCAUGGUGCUGCAGACUAACAUGGCGGAUAUACUGUGCAGGCUACAGGAACAGAACAAGAUGCAGAAGGCUGAGGCGGGUAUAUCGGCGGCGCCGGCGCGCGCAGUGUCUGCUGUGAAGAGUAUGAACCUGCCGCAACAGCUGCGCGACAUGAAGCUGCCCGACCUCCCGCAGGCUAUCAAGGACCUGAAGUUCUGACCGAUGCAGCAGGGGGCCUACCCCGCCACGCCGGUCGCCAUAGCAACCAACAUACUGAACACAAUAUACCCACACAACGAGAAAUAUCAAAACCUACAACGUCCCUCCGAGAAUUAUUCGACGAAAUUUUUCGGAUCCGAAACUUUGAGCACGAAAUUUUCGGAAACUUUCACCGAAAACUAUCAGCAAACUGAAGGUGUUAAUUUUCCGGAUUAUGAGAGUCAGAAAUCUGAUGGGUACCAAGAUUUAAGUGGUACUACUGUUGAGUAUGAUUAUAGUGAGGUCAGAAAGAGAAAGAAAAAGAAGAAAGGGGGGCGCAAGUGAGAUGGAAGAUGAUUUAAACGUUGAUUGACGAGUUUUAGGUGUGUAAAUUGAUUUUUGCUAUACGUAGAUGGAGCCACUGUAGUUUAUUGUCGUGUUAGCUGAAAUAUUUUAUGACCAAUCAUGUUGGUUUGCAAUAUAAUCUUAAAUUGAUAGAGAAAUGUAGCACAUUCCUAUGUAAAACUAUAUAGG